AUGGACGAGGCGGAGGCCGCCGGUCCGCCGCCGUUUGCCCUCGCAGUCGUCGCCGGCGGCUGCGCCUCUGCGACCGUCGAUGUCGCCAUCUAUCCGCUCGACACGCUCAAGACGCGGCUGCAGGCGCCGGCCGGCUUUGCCGUCUCGGGCGGCUGGCGCCGCCUCUUCGCCGGCGUGCUUCCGACGGCCCUCUCGUCGGUGCCUGGCGGCGCCGUCUUUUUCGGCGUGUACGAGCUCACCAAGGCGCGGCUCGAGGGCGUCGCUCACCGCACCGCGCGCCUGACCGGCGCCGACCCGAGCGACACGCUGCCCUCGGCCAUCGCCGCCGCCCUGGCCGAGUCCUUUUCGUGCGUCGUGCGCGUCCCGUUCGAGCAGCUCAAGAUGCGGAUGCAGCUCGCGGCGCGCACUCGGCAGGCCAGCCGCCGCGUCUCGCUGCCCACCCUCUUCCGCCAGCGCGGCAUGGGCGGAGGGAUGGCCCAGCUCUACCGCGGCCUCGCGCCGACGCUCGCGCUCGACCUGCCCUUCGCGCUCGUGCAGCUGCCCGCCUUCGAGCACCUCAAGCGCCGCUUCGGCGCCGACGACGACGCGGCCGGCGGCGCGGCCGGCGGGUCGGUGCGGGCGGACGCGCUCGCCGGCGCGGCGGCGGGCGGGCUCGCGGCGGCGCUCACCACCCCGCUGGACGUGCUGCGCACGAGGCACGUGCUCCGCUCGGCGGGCGGCGGCGGUGACCCCUCCUUCCUCGCCACCGCGCGACACAUCCUGCGCGCCGAGGGCAUGCGCGGGCUGUUGCGAGGCGUGGUGCCGCGCACGGUCUACAUGAGCCUCGGCGGGGUGCUGUACCUGGGAACGUACUCGACGGUCUGCAGGGUGUGGAGCUGAGACGUGAUAAAGUUGCAGCCAUUCGUACAUUCAUGCAUAUUAACAAAAUCGAAAACG